CCUGUCAUAGAGCAUAUCGUCCGUGCUAGAUUACGAACAUUUGGUGUAGAGGAACAUCGCUUCCUACAAGAGUUUAAUGAUGUGGGUUCAGAGUGGUACAUUUACGAUAUUGGUGGCAGUAGAUUUGAAGCUAUUAUCUUCCUUGCACCCCUGUCAUUCAACCAAGUCCUCGAAGAAGACAGACAGGCCAACCGACUAGUAGAGGACUCAAUAUACCUCUGGAACGAAGUUUGCUCGAAUCCUCUCCUCGCGCGUGCGAACAUCAUCCUGUUCCUCAACAAAAUAGACAUUCUACAGAAAACUCUCGCGGCGGUGAUCAAACUGGCAACCUACGUGCCGAGUUUUGGAAGCACACCUAACGACCUGGAAAACCUAACGAAAUAUUUU